CACGGGGCCCCCAUUCCGCCGUUCACGGAUUCAACGCCAUCGGCCGUGCCUUCAACACGCACGUGUCAAGGGCCCAGCUUCAGCACUCGGCAGUGACCUCGCGCUUUAAGCCACAGCAUGGCUUCCUCCGACGAGCAACACGCCCACACCGGCACCGGCCAAGACAGCAUCGAGUCCAGUGUGCCGGCACACCAGCAGCACACGGGACACCCGGCGCAGGAGCAGCGGAGCUCUAGCAGCAGCGGCGCCGCCGGUGCUAGGUCCGGGUCCGGGUCCGCCAUGGAUACCAAGAACGCCUCGUUGCCGGUCGAGCAGUACGCAUUCGACCCGGAAAAGCAGAGCGAGAUGGUGGGCUCGUUGCACGCCAGGCCCGUGACGGAGAGAGAACAAUGGCCGGCUGUCCUCUGGCUGCGCCGGCAUUGGAAGAAGCUGGCCUGGCUGGUCACGCUCUUACUAUUCACCGCAUGGUGGAUUUACGGCCUCGUUUUCUUUCGCUACACCGAUGGGAAAGGUUGGCUGAUCCCGAGCCUGAUCUACAUCGCCCUGGUCGUGCGCAACUUCUUCUUAUACUUCCCGACCUCCGUGGUCCUGCGCCCGGCGCAGUGGAUCUGGGGCAACACGGUCGGCCGUGGCUACGACGCUGUUCCGGCGAAGUUGCGCAAGCCGAUCGCCGCUCUCGUCACCCUCGCCGUCUUCCUGAUUGGAAGCCUCGUCCCCGAGGAGACGGGAGACAACACGCGGGCGAACCGUGCCAUCUCCAUCUUCGGCUUCAUCGUCAUGCUCUUCGUUCUCACCGUCACGUCGCGCAACUGGCGCAUCAUCCCGUGGCACACCGUGAUCGGCGGCAUGCUGACGCAGUUCAUCGUCGCCGUCUUCGUGCUGCGCACCAAGGCCGGCUACGACAUCUUCAAGUUCAUCUCGGACAUGGCCCGCCAGCUGCUGGGUUUCGCCGGCCAGGGCCUGGCCUUCUUGACCGACGACGACACGGCCAACAGGGGCUGGUUCUUGACCGGUGUCGUCCCGGCCAUCAUCUUCUUCAUUGCGCUCGUCCAGAUGCUCUACUACAUCGGUUUCCUGCAGUGGUUCAUUGCCAAGUUUGCCGUCUUCUUCUUCUGGAGCCUGCGCGUGUCGGGCGCCGAGGCCGUCGUCGCCGCCGCCACCCCGUUCAUCGGCCAGGGCGAGUCCGCCAUGCUCAUCCGCCCGUUCAUGGACUACCUGACCAUGGCGGAGAUCCACCAGAUCAUGACGUGCGGCUUCGCCACCAUUGCCGGUUCCGUCCUGGUGGCCUACAUCGGCAUGGGCCUGAACGCCCAGGCGCUCGUGUCGAGCUGCAUCAUGUCGAUCCCCGCCACGCUGGCCGUAUCCAAGAUGCGGUAUCCCGAGACCGAGACGCCCCUCACGGCCGGCAAGGUCGAGGUGCCUAAGCACGCCGACGACGAGCGCACGGUCAACGCGCUCCACGCCUUUACGAACGGUUCUUGGCUUGGCCUCAAGAUCGGUGCCACCAUCGUCGCCUGCGUGCUGACGGUCAUCGCUCUUGUCGGCCUGGUCAACGGCUUGCUGGGCUGGUGGGGCGGGUACUGGGGCCUCUCGGCCCCGCGCCCGACUCUCUCCCUGGAGCUCAUCCUGGGUUAUCUUUUGUACCCCGUCUCCUGGCUCCUGGGCGUGCCGAAGGCCGACCUGCUGCCUGUGGGCGAGCUCAUCGGCAAGAAGAUCAUCAUCAACGAGUACGCGGCCUUCAAGGCCUUGGUCAGCGACCCCCGCUAUCUCGCCAUGGCGCCUCGCUCGCGGCUGAUUGCGACCUAUGCCUGCUGCGGUUUCGGCAACAUCGGCUCGCUCGGCAUUCAGAUCGGUGUGCUCUCGCAGAUUUCCCCUCGCCGCUCUGGCGAUGUUGUUAAGGUCUCCAUCUCGGCCUUCUGCUGCGGUGUCCUCUCGACUCUGACCUCAGCCAGCAUUGCUGGCAUGUUGUUCACGGAGGGGAUGGUUUAAUGCAAGCGUCCUGGUGGAUGGGGAUGCUGAUGAUGCCAUGCACAUUGAUAUUUUUUGCAGAGCGAUGCGAAACAGGGCCGCGAUGUGUCUCAGUACAAUUGCUAUUUCGGCG